AUGAGCAAGCAUAUAUGGCCAUUGAGCCCGCCUCAAAAGGCAAGGAUUAAUGAAUGUGUCCACGAGCUAACCGAUCGUGAGAUUAAAAACGACGACAUACUGCAGACCAUCUCGCUGCCUCAGGUCAAUGUGCUAAUACUGAUGACUCCCGCCAGAGUGCUGGUCUAUAACAUGAAGCCAUUGGCCUUAGUAGCGAGUCAUGAAAGGAGUUCUGAGUCCAUAUCGGAGUUCGGUUUGAAUAGAUCUAUUACUCCGUCAACUGCAUUGGAUAGGGAUGUCAAUGGCCUGCUUUCUCAACAAGAGUCCUAUAGUUUGAUCUGGAACCAAGGAAAGGUGGUCUUUUACGUAGUGACAGAACGAAAUUUCAUUCUCUCAUACCAAAUAUUGAAAAGCUCGACAAAUCUGACAACUUUUAAAGAAUAUGGUAUACCCGUGAUUGACGUGGGGAAGAUAAGGGAAGAUAUUGAUCACGACUUUGAUGAUACAUUGGAUAACGAUACUCUUACGGUAUUCGAAAGGAAUAAGGCGUCCCGAAUUAUACAAAAUGGUUACACUGUGACAAAGGAUAAGGGGUUUCUACAGUUCUUGUCGGUUAAUCAAGAUAAUAUCAAUGAACUGCCAGUAAAAAAGCUUGAACUACGGUUGAAAGUUGUCCUAAAGUUUGACUAUCAAAUCAUAGAUCUAUUCGGCUUCAAACGUUUAUUAGAGGGUAAUAAGAGCAAGGCGGAAGAGAGUCUGCUGGUUUUGUUUCCCCAUGGUUUACAGUUAUUGAGCCUUGAAGAGUUCAAAUUGAAGAAGACCUCUCUCGUUGAGUUGACCAAUGGGAAAGAAAUAUGUUUCAACGCAGGUCAUCUGAUUGUUAUUUCAAAGGAAUCCGAAGAGGAUAUAUCAAUCAACGUUAUUGAUUUCAGCAAUAAAAAGGUGAAAUCGAACAGGCUGGAAGUGCGAGGCACCCUUCUGUCUUGCUUCGAAUUAAGGAAGAGGUUGGCCCUCAUAUUUGAAGACAGGAUCAUAUAUUUCAAUACCACAACUAAUCAAGUUGACUACUCAUACGACCCCCCGUUUAGGAUUAAGCUCGGUGGAAAAUUGAGCGAUGAAAUGCUUCUCAUGAUAUCCACCGCAAAUUCGGUACACUUUGUUACUCCACUAGGUAAUUCUCUAUUUUCGUCCUCAGCAGAUUCUGACCUGGAAAAGCCACCAACAACACUUGAAUACUCCGAUUUCGCUUACGUAGACAAAUUCCUAGUCCUUGUCUCUCAUUCGGGGAACUAUGAGGUAUGGAAUUUAUGGGAGGAAGCUAAACAGACAUUCUCUGAUAGCCGUUCACCAGUCUCGUACGUUCUGCAUAACAACAACAACGACGUUGCCAUAUAUUCGCCUCUAGGAAGCUCGCCUGUACGAAACGACUCUAUGCAAAUGGUCAAGCUCCCUACGAAGACCAUCAACAAUUGUGUAUCUCAAAUUAAGGUUAAUUCCAACCUAAAAAUGAUGGCCGUAUACGUAUCGAACAAAAACAUUCUGUUGAUACAUAACCUCGAGACAAACGCAUGGUACGAUUUCAACGAUCUAACGAUUAUAGAUAUGCAUUGGCUUUGCAGCUCAUAUUUGCUUUGUCAAAUCAAGACAGAAGAUUGGGCAACAUCUGUUCAAUGUUUCCGCUUCCAUCUGCAAGGUCUAGAUACGUCUGAUAUCUCGAAAUACCGUGUCUGGGAAUACGAAAUACCAACAUCAGUUCCAGUUUUAAAGGUUAAGGUCAAUGUGUCGAGCAAAUACAGGUUGCUGAAGCUUAAAUCACGAGAGAGCCCUGAACUUGAGAAAUAUGGCGAAAAGUUUUAUAGAACGGCAGAGAUAAUCAUUGUUACGGAAAACCAUAUUUCGAUUUUUGCCGUCCUCUCUAUUAUCCACCCUAGCGGUGUAAACAUUAUCAAGAAGUUUCACGAGCAAGCAAAAAUCGAACUGCCUGCCGCUUUUUCAGCCGACUCAAUCGAAUGGAUCACUUCUUUCAAGGAUGGACUAAUAUAUCUCUACGAUGACAAAAUUAUCAAGACUGCGACCACGGACGCCCAGAAUUGGCGAGAAGAUAUUCUAUUAAGAGAUGUGGAGAGAAUAAUAGAUGUGGUAUUUGAUGAGAUAUACUUUGUUUGCAAAACCCAAGAACUUUUCUAUAAGAUGGAUGACCUUUGGGAAGGAAAGCCACCUAUGCUCUCGAUCCCAUUAGAGGAUGACUUUUAUCCCAUUUCGGUCACAUCUGAGACCACAACAACCCAUGGCUUAAAUUGCCUCUACCAUGAGGACUAUGUCAAACUGGUUCUUAAACACAAGAUUUACUUGGAUCAGAUUAUAGCAGCCAAGAUGGACCAGAAUGUAGACCCGAAGGAUAUCAUGGCGGAAUUCGGCUCAAUCAGGCAUUACAAAUUUGCGCUCGAAAAAAUAUUGUCACUCAAAAUACUGGCCAGCGAACCUUUAAAUCAGAUUGUAGAGUUGGUUAAGCUUUGUGACGCUCCGUUGGGCUCCGAUAUGACUACACAUAAUAAUCAAAACGGCUCAUUGGAAAUCAUCAGCAAUUGUUUGAGAAAGAUUGAAAUCAAGCACUGGAAUCAAUUGUUUACCAGUCUUAAGAUGACGCCUCGUGAUUUACUAGCUAGAUGUCUCGAGGGCAAUGAGGCUAAGAUCCUAGGAGUGUUGUUAUUGGUAUUCCUCAAUUACGACGCUGAACUAGUAGAGGAUUUGAGAAAUGAUGAAAUACCCGAGGAAGAAGAGGGGCAAAACAAUUCAGAGUUCCCGGAUUCUUCAGUCGUUGAUCUUAUCAGAGAUCAAGAGAUGAUGUUGAGAGUGUUAAGGCUUCUUGUCACCAGCGGGGCCAAUGCGACUGAUAGCACCAAGGCGGCCGACUCUUGGGACAUGUGCUUUCAACUGAUGAGACUGUUGAAAGAACUAGAUAAAGAGAAUAAUACUCAUCUAGUUCAACAAGCACUGGAUAUGCUUCAGUAA